GGCAGCACAGCACCCAUUCCUCCGACUGGCGCAGGACCCACAUCGAUGAAAGCGAAGCCGAGCUCCAGCGCUCCAGCCAUGUCCACAUCACUGCGGGUGAGCCCCUCUGUCCACGGCUACCGCUUCGACACCGCCCUGCGCAAGAAAGCCGCGGCCAACAUCUUCGAGAGCAUCAACGAGGCGUCCCUGCAGAAACUCUUCAAAAACUCCGGGGACAAGAAGGCGGAGGAGAGAGCCAAGAUAAUCCUCGCCACCGACCAGGACAUGGAGGAGAAAACGAGAGCACUAAUGGCACUAAAGCAGAGGAGAAAAGACAAACUGCUCCAGUUUCUGACAUUUCGGAAAUACCCCAUUAAAGUUCACUGAACUGGCAGAGGGAGCAGAAAUGGAGAACAUUUGGUUACGGGACUGUUCGUGACCUCCUGCCGCACGCAGCGUGCUCCGCUGCCCCGUGGGCCUGGGGACCUGCCAGGCCACGCACAGGGCUCCAGCCCUGCCACGAACUGCAGCUGGCAGCGGCAUCGGUGUCUGUGGGACAUCGGUGCCCGUGGGACAUCGGUGCCCGUGGGACAUCGGUGUCUGUGGGACAUCGGUGUCUGUGGGACAUGGCAGUGGCAGAUCAGUGCCCGUGGGACAUCAGUGCCCGUGGCACACGGCUGUGGCACAUCAGUGCCCGUGGCACAUCAGUGCCCGUGACACACGGCUGUGGCACAUCAGUGCCCGUGGGACACGGCUGUGGCACAUCAGUGCCCGUGGCACGUCGCUGUGGGCAGCAGACUGGUGGCCAGAGGCUCCCAGGGACAGCAGCUCCCUGCUGGAGGCAGAGCAGCCCUCGGGCAGCCGUGGGACGGAGCUGGGGGAGCCCACACACCCCGCUGUGACUCGGGACUGUCUCGAUGGACUUGGUGCUCACGGAGCCGGUGCUUUGCCUGCUCAGCCUCGUUUCCUUACAGCAUUUCCUUACAGCCUGAGCCCGUGCAGAGCCCCGCUGCUCUGGACACCCAGCAGCUGCUGCCCACGGUCACUUUGCAUCAUGAAAUGCACCCAAAAGCGUGGGUUCAGCCACCCGGGCACGCAUCCAGAGACACUCUGCACAAAUGAACCUUUCCUUCCCAAGCUGUAUGUGUGCAGUAAAAGUCGUUUGCACAGAAGCAAUAAUAAUGACAGAUUUCCCUGAAUUUACUGUGAAGUUCCCUAAUAUUGUGUUCACUUACCACUAACUCUAAAAAUCUAAAUAUAAUAACUACAGUUCUUCUCUGUGUAGGUUACAGUCACUAUUAGAUGAGUAUUUACUUCACAGCAAUAUUUUAUGACAAUGUUAUUAUUAUCUCGACUAUAAUUUAUUGCAUACAAUGAUGUGAAAACUAAUAAAUUAUGAAGUAAA